ACGAAAUACAAGAUGGCCGCGCCCAUGAGCACAAUGUUACGCAGAAUGUGAGACCGCCCGUGAGUUUAGACGAAACCGGAAUGGUGCUCCUUUGCUUGCACAAUUGUCAAACUUUGUUAAAGCAGCGUGUAAGAAACAGGACAAAUUAGUUAAUUUCUUUUGUCUUUAUUCUGCUUACUCUGGUGACCCCCGUAAGAGGAUUAUCGCCGGCCGGCGAUGUCUGCUGAGGAAUUGCAAGCUGAAGAGGUAGAGGUUCUGCUUUCUAUAUAUGAUGGUGACGAUAACUUUAAGAAGCUAUCUGAUGCGGUGUACCAGUACAAAAUUGGCGAUCAUGGCACCCACAAGUCAUUUCUCAUUGAAAUAAGUUGGCCUGAGAAGUACCCAAACGUGCCUCCAAUUUUUAACAUGGACACCUUCUACAACAAACACAUAAUUCGUGAGGUCAAGGAACGAGUUGUAGCAGCACUGAAAGAACAGGCAGAGUUGGAACUGGGGACACCUAUGACAUACACACUUCUUGAAUGGAUCAAGGAGCACGCAGAGGAGCUCACAGAUAAACAGCCAGAGAUGGUAGCAGCUACAGAAGCCGAAGAAGAACAGCCAAAGGAGCCACAGAUCUCGCCCAAGAAGGAAUUGAAGCAACCCAAGCUUAGCAAAAACCAGAAACGCAAGCUGGCUGGCCGGGUACUUCCCACUGGAGAGCUUCCCAGGGGUCAUGACUGGGUCGACGUUGUUAAACACCUCACACAGACUGGAUCAGCUGCAUCAUAACCAAGCCCUUUGAUUAGAAAACUACACUAAUUGAGAUAAAGCAAUGCUCCUGUGAACCUUCUAAUAUAACUCACAGCCCUGGAGACAGGUAGUAAAGUCAGGGUGUAUGAUUCAUUUUAACUAGAGGUAACGAAAAAAGAAAGUAAGAGGCAAAUGUCCUUUAUAUUGGUGAGGCCAUGAUACCAGUCUUAAACUUGGUGCAAUUCUGAAUUGCAGAUGGCGUGGACCCCAAAGAAAGACAUUGAUAGGGAACAUUACAGUGCACUCGUGAGAAAGAAACGAGAGAGUCCACUGUGAAUCAAAAGGUAUGGGAUUUAUGGUUGAAUGUUACGAUAUACGAAGUACCCAAAAAUGAGCUUUUGGAGGAGUGCUUCAAUCUGCUUUGGCUGGCCAAUUCUCUCGGUGUUCUCAUAUAUGUUAUACAUCUACACUGUGGUGAGCAGCCUCAUUGUGCCUACGGUGGCUGCUACCAAUUAGGCAUACAGCACAGUCUACUUAUAACAAUAAGCAAGUCGGAAAAUCUGAUUUCUAUAAUGGUACAUCAUUGUUUCCAGUCUUAUUAAAAACUUUCAAAGUAUGAUGUGGCAGAAAGGCCCACCAUUAAAACAAGUUACUGUAAGUGGACUGUGUUGUACAAUUUAAGCUGGCAUCAUUACAGUAUUGCAUUAUCGUAUUCUUCUCUGCAUAUGAAGCAUACUAGUUGAUGGCUACAUGUCUCACCAUUACCAACAGCAGCAGCCAAAUUUGUACACUACUCAAACAUGUUCUUGUGUAAUUUAAACUUAACCGAUCAACUAAAGGAGUCUUGACAUGAAACUGAAACCAAGUUGUUCUCAUACUUGUGUAUGCUGGUUCCAUCCAGUAGGUAACCUAUUUCCUUAAACAAACGUAAUUCCCUUUUAAAGAAUGUGCGAGUGCUCGCUCAUAGAGCUGCGCCACCACACUGCAGUAUCGUGCUGCAUGGUAGCGUGCAGGACACAGUGGCAUUGAGCAAAUUUCUGUGGAAAAGGUAUGAAAAAAGAUAUGAAAGUCCAUGUGCUUCACUGCACACAGAAGUGUGGCACAGCAAAUCAGAUCUGUGGAAGCCUUCAAGGUGGAGAAAAGUACAUGAAAGGGAAUAAUUGGCAUCCACCCGAAUUGUAGCCCAAAGCUAAAAAAGAAACCGAUACGGAUUUCUAAAAAAAAAAAAAGGCUCGCAGUUGAAGAAAAAUUCGUCCUGGUCUGGAAUUAAUUUGAUUUGCCACAUUCAGUGUCCCAUUGCUUCGAGUUCUCGAUUAAUUUGCCCAGUUCAGCGAUUGGCUAACCUCCUGGUUAGUUCGGAUAGUAGAGCGACCGCCCUGGAUAGUCAUUGGUUCCGGGUUCAAGUCCUGGGCCAGGAUGAAUUUUUCUUCAACUGCGAGACUUUGUUUCUCAGAAGCUCGUAUGGGUUUCCUUUGAAGCUUCUUGCUACAAUUCGGGUGGAUGCCGAUUUUUUCCUUUCAGAAAUGUGGCACCUGCAACUCUAACUCACGAGUGCCUGAAGACCCGACAGCUUUGGCAUUGAGGCUGCUGUGUUGUGAUUUAUUAAACUCUAUCCUCUCAGUCAUAAUGUUUUCACUUUAUUAUGCUUUAUCUGCCUUUAUUAGCUUAAGUUUCCAAGCAUAUUCUUGCAUUGCCAUUUGAAUUGUUUUUUGUUGAAUAUUUUGUUGAAAAUGGUAAACUUGAAAAUUUGCAAAGUCAUUUGAAGCCCAUGAAGCUUAGACAAACCCAUGUACUACCCAUAAUUCCCAUGCUGACUAGACUGCUGUGCUUACAACUGCUAUAGACACUAGCACCAAAUUUUCCCAUAGUAUAUUUUGUAGGAAACCAUGUUCCCAGCAGCCAAAGCUGAUAUGUGCCACAUAGCACCAGACUAUUUAGGAGAAUGGUAAAGUGGGGAGAUUGGUGUCUCCGUUCACCCUUUAUGCUGUAGAAAUAAUAAUCGGAAAACUAAUUUCGCCAUUUCAAUAAUGCACAAGCUUUUAAACAGGGGGGGAGCUAGCGUUGCACAAUUUUCGUGCUGCACAGUUGUUGAGUGAUUGACAUAUGCCCAAUGCUACAGUCGUGAGUUGCACUGGAUGCUAUGUCAGACCAAAGUGAAAGUAUAACUAAAAGUGAUUGGUACUUUGGCACUAACCUUCCCAUAGACCUUAUGUCCUGCACAUCUUUAGCCCUGAUAGUACCUAAAGAUAUGUCACAUUUUAAACCAUGCAUUUUUAUUGCAGUUGAGCUUAACAGAAGCAUGUCAGGACUCCUUUAUGUUAAUGAAGUUUGUCUGCAAAGCACUUUGUGUGCCAGGUUUCUGGUUUUUUUAAUGGUCAUCUUGACCAGUAUGUGUGAACUUUUCACACCUUGGUAUGAACUUGCAAUACUAAGAAUUAUUAAAUAUGUAUAGGAGAUCGCCAUGGUGUGUCUAGAAACUGAAAACAUGGACACAAUAUUUCUUUUUGCUUCUCACAAGAACCAAAAGUUCGAGGAUAUAGUUUUUAUAACCAUUUGCGCUUGAUAUAUUUAUAAUCUAGUGCUUUUUAAAUUGAAUAUUUGUAAUUUGUCAAAGGUUUUCUGAUGUCACAGUGAUAAAAUUAGUAUGCUCUUACUGAGAUGAGCAAGCAAAGCACAGGAAUAUCUUAUGCUGUAUGUUGUGCUUGUUGCUGGCUUCUUUAAAUGAAUGGAGAAGUCGUUAAAACUAAACCAGAAACUCAGCAGUCUGAAACAAAACUUUAUUUUUUAUGCAAUACCAACAGCACACUUUUCGUGGCUUUUGCCGCACAGCUUGGCUGUGAAAAUGUACAGAAUUAAAGGAAUAUUUACUCAUUA